AUGUCUAUGGAGAGUGUUUCUAAUGUACCAACCGCAAAAGUAGAGAUCCAACAUGAUGAAAAAAUUGUAUCUCAGCGUGAAUCUAUUCUUGAAAACCUAAAAUCAGACGAUGAUAAGAAAAUCGAAUUAGGCUUGAAAACUCUUUUAGCAUAUAUGUCAAAAGGCGAUGUAAUCCAAGAGGCAGCACCUUAUGUCAUAAUAGCUCUUUCGAAUAAAGAUCCCGAUAUCAGACAUCUUGCAGCCAUUGUAGCAGUAAUGAUUCAAGAGAGUAAUUCUGAAAUAUUAUUACUUUCUGUAGGUGCUUUCCUAAAAUCUGUAUUUCAAGAACCACAAAGUCGCACAUUAUCACUCAAAGCUUUCACUUCUUUAGAUAUUCCAGACUUACAAGAAAUCACAAUGGAGCAUUUAAUGUCAUGCUAUACAGAUAUGUUCCCAUAUGUACGUCGUGAAGUCGCUAUUGCUUGUACUAAAAAAUUUAACGGCGAAAACAAAGAGCAAAUACUUCAAAUCAUCGAAAAACUCUUAAACGAUCAAUCCUCACUUGUUAUCAGUGCCGCAAUUUACGCGUUAUCCCAAGUAGCUCCAGAUGAUGAUUCAAUUUUCCACAAAUACUACAGACAGCUUCUUACAAUUAUGGAGAAACUCGAUCCAUGGGCCCAAACAAUACUUCUUCGCAUGCUUAUUCACUACGUUCAUCGUAAUUUCAAACGACCAGAAAUAUCAGACAAAAUUGAUGACUGGGACAGCAUUUCCGAUGCUAUUGAUCCUGAUCUAGAGCUACUAUUCACUCAUGUACAGCCCCUACUUUACUCAAUUACCCCUUCUGUCAGUUUAACAGCUUCAAUUCUUUAUUUUUAUUGCGCACCAUCAAUGAAAAGGCAGUUAUUCGUUAAACCAUUGAUCAGAUUACUCUACGGAGAUGACAGUGUCCAAAUCAUAGCCUUGUCAGUCAUUGCCGCAAUCACUUUGGAAGAACCUGAAUUGUUUGUUCCUCAAAUUCGUCACUUUUUCAUUUUAGAAAAUGACAUCAAAGAUAUCAAACUUCUGAAGCUUCGUGUCAUCUCACAACUUGCCAGACAAAUGAACUUUACUUCUAUUGUCGAUGAGUUGACUUUCAAUGUCAAUUCAAACGAUGAAGAAAUUGGCAAAACCGCUGUUUUUUCAAUAGGCAGAGCGAUUUCUUUGGCCACUCCGAUCACUUACAGUACAUUGAAUCCUCUGAUCAAACUAUUGACAAACAGUCGACAGUACAUUGUUACGACAGCUGUCCACUGCUUAUGCAUCCUAUUGUCACCGCUACCUAAACGCGAUGAAGACAAAAACAAAGCGGAAAUCGAUCCUUUGUUCGGAGAUUUAAGUGAUGAAAUGAUGACAGAUGAUGAAUACAUUUCUAUCGUCAAACGACUUUUGACAUUUUUCGGAAAAAUAACAGAUGAAGAAGCCAAGAGUGCCAUGAUAUCAUUUAUUGGAUCCAAAUGUCGUUUGAUACCUGAUUACGCACAUGAAGUAUUGAGACAAAUUGCAAUAACAUUUUUGCAACAAAAGAAAUCAGUUAAAUUACAAAGUAUUUUUUUGGCUGCAAGAGUUUAUUGUGUAAAACCAAAAGAAGCAGGAGAUUUAGUUCGAUUCGUGUUCAGCCAGGCAAUGUAUGACACUGAUAUUGAAGUAAGAGACAGAGUUAGAUUAUGCCAUGCAUUGAUUUCAGCACAAACAGAUCAGAAAUCAAUUCAAAAUGUCAGAAAGAAUUUUGACAAAUUUUUGUUUGCUCCGAAACCUGAUGUUUCAUGGGAUGACAAGUCUCUGAAGAGCUCUGAAGUAGAGAUAGGACAGAUAUACCAGUUGUUUGAGCUAAAGAAUGCUUCAAGAAUGGUUAAGUGGACUGAUAAAGAAACUCCUUCUUCUGUUAGAGAUUUUCACGAAAAUGAAUUCAAUGAAAUUUCUUCAACAAAACAAGAUGAGAAAUUUGAUGAUGAAUCAAUUGAAGAAUUCCUUGGUGUCAGUCAUAAUAAUGAUAAUCAAAAUCAUAAUGAUGAUAAUGAUGCAUCAAUUUUUGGUGCGGAUGAAAUCAGUAAUGAUUAUUUUGAAUAG